CACUGGCAUUAACGUUGGUUGGACUGUUUGACAGUGUCAUGUAAUCGCUGGGCAUCAGCGGCUGCUGUUUUUUUAUUUCUUUUUUCUUCUUCUUCUUGCAUGUUGAUUGCCCGCUGGUUCCGAACAGGCUAUUCUUGACGUCAAUAAACUCCCCUCCCUUCCCUCUUCCAACUCUUCCAGUCCAACAUUGUAUUUUGGCUUGGUGAUAUUAACAAAAAAAAUAGCCCUGUACCUGAACCUAACCGCUCUGCUCCGAACAUUCAUCAGUCAUACUUUGCAAUACUUGUGCCCAUCAUCUCUUUUUGUGACAGCAUCAAGCAAUUCUCGAUGGCGCCCCUCGUCCUGAAAGUGAAGGGAAACGAAAAUGACUUUUCUCCUUUUGCCGAGCUGGAUAAUGAUGACGAUUUGGCCCGUGCUUGGAAAACGUGCUCCAAGGUCAAAGACACGCUCGAAAACGGCAAUCGCCUCGAGAACCUAUCAUGGCGUCUCUGGCAUCUCCAUCAAUCCAUGUACAGAGCCAACGACCUCAAUUCAAGGCAGUUUCGAAAGAUUUCGACCAAGGCAACCCGCAAGCUGGACGAGGCAGAUGCGAAAGCGCCUGCAUUGAUUGGUCGACCAAAGGACUUUGGAGAUGUCCGCACGUGCAACACGUUUCUCGGCGUUGGCCACAUGGAGUCGGCAGGUCUUUCCGCCCAUCCUCUGCACGCUUCCCAACGUCCAUCUCUUUACAAUGUGGAUGAACAAGCAAUCCCUUCCAUGCCGUCGCCCGAAACACCCGUCUUUGCAUCAGCGAUUGAAGUCGUCCAGUCAUUGGGAUCCGUAACAGAAGACUGUUUUGAACUUUCCUGGGACGCUCUUGAUGGGCAUUCUGAUGCCUUGUUUGACGAGUACAUUCGCGAUUCUACAACUGGAUGGUCUGCAUCAAUGAUCGGAUCCCCAAAGUUGGCCACGACGCCAGACAUUUCCGAUAUGUUGCCGUCAACCUGGUCAGACACAUCACCCAUCUCUAGCACAUUAUACAACAAUAUGACAUCAACAAGCCCUGAUAGCCUCAACAGUUCAACAACGGUGCCCAUCACACAACCUGAUGCAUCCUAUUCAGCGCACGAAAGGUCCCUAUUGGCAUCAAUCUUUUCCGACACAUCUUUUACCCCCGUCCGUCCUGUGCAAGCCCAACAACCAUCCAUACUACCUACCUCUCUUUACCUCCCGGACAACGCCACAAUACCCACAUCAUCCAAACAAGUUGGCCAAAAUCCUACCCCAGCAUCCACACCACCUACAUCGUCCGCACAACUCCCUGAACGCACAACCGCAACUUAUCGUCCCCGUCCCGUUCCAACACCCUCAGCCCCACGCACGGUCCGCAACGUCGCAUGCGCGGGAAAUAGCGAUGGAAAGCUCAUGUGCGAGAACUGCGGUGUAACGUCCACUCCAUUGUGGAGACGAUCAGCCAAUGAUGAACUUUUGUGCAAUGCAUGCGGAUUAUACCUUAAAUUACACAACACCAACCGUCCCAAGAACCUCAAGGCUUCCUCACGCAAAGAACAAUCCGAGGAGGUCGUUCAAGCGGAAUGCUACAAUUGUCAAACAAAGACCACACCACUAUGGCGACGUGACGAUGCAGGGAAUAAUCUUUGCAAUGCAUGCGGAUUGUAUUUAAAACUUCACAACACGAUGAGGCCCCUCUCCAUGAAAACCGAUGUAAUCCGUAAACGACAACGAUACGACAACGGCCUGCCUAUUCGCAAAAAGCGAAGUAAAGGAAGCACGGAAAUCCCGUCCGAAACACUCAAUUCAACUCCUACACUCAUGUUCCCAGCCGUGAACAGUGUACAUCCAUCACCUCCCAUGGAGGACUCGAAUGAAUUGUCGUUUUCGGCUAGCCACAGUGGCUUGAUGGGUAUUCCGGCCUCGUUUGGCCAGACCCGGUAUGCAUAUUAGAGUUAGGGUCAGGCUGGAUGGUCUAGGAAAGUUAGAGAAGUUGGCGACCUCCGCUGUACAUAUAUAUGGGAAGCUGGGUCUGUUGCAUAUAGUGCCUUUGGGUGGAAUAGAAUCAGAUGUUGUAAAAAAAGUCUUGAAGUAGGUAGUCUUUGUUAGUUCCGUAUGGUGUGCUGCGUAAACUGUACAGUAGACACUAUUUGUAGACCUGUAACUCCCAGAUAAAGAGGUCAUGUUUAUGAUUCGGUCAAUUAGAAAACCACAUCUAUUUGCCAGAAAUCACAUUAAAAAAAACACAAUUAUACAGUAUCUACAUGA